AACCUGAGGGAGAAUCUAUAGAGUAAACCCACGGAGCCUGUUCUUCCCUCUGCCUCCAGAGGCGGACACACCCAGAGCUAAGCAUUUUUUAAACUUUUGUGCCAGUAUUGAAGAUAAUCGGCUCCCCUCGUACAGUUGACACCGCAGUGUCACGGCACGUCUUGUGGUCUCAUGUAGAGAACUGGUAUGAUGGGAACCCUCCGCACCCGGUAAUCAUGGAAAUCAGACUCUCUGCAGAACAUCCGGGCAGCAUGACUUUGAUGAAUGGAGAUGGGGCACACGAGCAUCAAGCCGAGGUGGAGGCGAAACAAAAUGGCCAUGAUGUGGGUGAACAUGCAGAGGAUGGGAGUGAACAGGAGGUUAUCGUUAUUCAGGAUACUGGCUUUACGGUGAAGAUACAAGUCCCAGGCAUCGAGACGUUUUCAAUUCAGGUGUCCCCUCAGGAGAUGGUUCAGGAGAUCCAUCAGGUUCUUAUGGAUAGGGAGGACACCUGCCAUAGAACAUGUUUUUCCCUUCAGCUGGAUGGGAAUGUGCUUGACAACUUUGCAGAGCUGAAGACCAUAGAAGGCUUUGAAGAAGGUGCUCUUCUGAAAGUUGUUGAAGAACCAUACACUGUGCGUGAGGCCAGGAUCCAUGUUCGACACAUAAGAGACCUGCUAAAAAGCCUGGACCCAUCUGAUGCUUUCAAUGGAGUGGACUGCAACUCCCUGUCAUUCUUAAGCAUCUUUACUGAUGGUGACCUCGGAGAGAGUGGAAAAAAGAAAAAGAAGGGCACUGAACUUGAACAAAUAGAUUGUACCCCUCCUGACAAUAUUUUACCUGGAAGCAAAGAGAGACCUCUCUGUGCGCUGCAACCACAGAAUAAGGACUGGAAGCCCUUGCAGUGUUUGAAAGUGUUCACUAUGAGUGGUUGGAACCCCCCUCCCGGGAACAGGAAAAUGCACGGAGAUUUAAUGUACUUAUAUGUGAUAACAAUGGAGGACCGGCAUAUUAGCAUCACAGCGUCUACCCGGGGAUUCUACCUCAACCAAUCUACGGCGUACACCUUCAAUCCCAAGCCAGCCAACCCCAGCUUCCUCAGUCACUCCUUGGUGGAGCUGCUCAAUCAAGUCAGCCCUGUAUUCAAGAGGAAUUUUGCCGCACUACAGAAGAAAAGGGUUCAGAGACACCCUUUUGAGCGCAUUGCUACCCCAUUCCAGCUCUACAGCUGGACGGCACCCCAGGUCGAACAUGCCAUGGACUGUGUUAGAGCGGAAGAUGCUUACACAUCCCGUCUCGGAUAUGAGGAGCACAUUCCUGGCCAGACCAGAGACUGGAAUGAAGAACUGCAAACAACAAGAGAGUUGCCCCGCAAAAACUUGCCAGAGAGACUAUUACGGGAGAGAGCUAUUUUCAAGGUCCACAGUGACUUUACAGCAGCUGCUACCAGAGGUGCUAUGGCAGUCAUUGAUGGGAACGUCAUGGCCAUUAACCCCAGCGAGGAGACAAAAAUGCAAAUGUUCAUCUGGAACAAUAUCUUCUUCAGCUUGGGAUUUGAUGUCCGAGAUCAUUAUAAAGAUUUUGGUGGGGAUAGUGCUGCUUAUGUAUCUCCAACAAAUGAUCUGAAUGGCGUAAGGACAUACAAUGCAGUGGAUGUAGAGGGACUAUACACAUUAGGGACAGUGGUGGUGGACUAUCGAGGUUACAGGGUUACGGCACAGUCAAUUAUUCCAGGUAUUUUGGAACGGGAACAAGAGCAGAGCGUCAUUUAUGGGUCCAUUGACUUCGGCAAAACUGUUGUGUCCCAUCCUAAGUACCUGGAGCUGUUAGAGAAAACCAGCCGGCCACUUAAGAUCCUGAAACACAAAGUCCUUAAUGACAAAGAAGAAGAGGUGGAGCUGUGCUCCUCUGUAGAGUGCAAGGGGAUCAUUGGCAACGAUGGGCGACAUUACAUUUUGGAUUUGCUACGCACUUUCCCUCCAGACCUCAAUUUCCUACCUGUAGAAGGUGAGGACAUGCCAGAAGAAUGUAAGAAGAUGGGUUUCCCCAAAGAACACAGACACAAGUUAUGCUGCCUACGUCAGGAGUUGGUGGACGCUUUUGUGGAACACAGAUACCUCCUGUUUAUGAAAUUGGCUGCCAUGCAGCUCAUGCAGCAGAAGACCUCCUUACAGGAGAACCCCGCUGCCCUGGAAAAUGGGGAACCUGCAGCCUCAUCUGAUUCCUCAGUCCAAAGCGAGCCUCAGGAAAAGAGCCAGUCAGCGGACAAGACAGAGGACAAUAUAGAUGGAGAGGCCAAAGUCAAAGAACUGGAGGAAAAUAUGGCAUCUAAUGAAAUGGUGGAUCUGAAGAGCAAAGAAGUGAUCCGGAAGGCAUGCCAGGCUGUAGGCUCAGUCAGUGAGACCUCUUUUGAUAUCCGUUUCAACCCGGACAUCUUUUCUCCAGGUGUGCGCUUCCCCGAGUCUGCCCAAGAAGAGGUCUUCAAUCAGAAACAAUUGCUGAAGGAUGCAGCAGCUUUUGUACUAACCUGUCAGAUUCCAUGCUUGAUCAAGGACUGUCUUGACCAUAAUGUAGUUCCUAUGGAUGGAGCCACGCUGGCUGAAGCAAUGCACCAGAGAGGAAUCAACAUGCGCUACCUAGGCAAAGUUAUAGAUAUUGUCAAAAAAUUCCCUGUCCCAUCCCAGCUAGAUCAUGUCUAUAAAAUAUUAAUUAUUGAAGUGAUCACCAGGUCUGCAAAGCACAUCUUCAAGACCUACCUGCAGGGAGUAGAGCUGUCUGGUCUAUCUGCUGCCAUUAGCCAUUUCUUGAACUGCUUCCUCAGCUCCUUCCCCAACUCCGUUGCUCACCUUCCCGCUGAUGAGCUGGUUUCCAAGAAAAAAAACAAGAAGCGCAAAAACAGGAACCUCAGCAGUGCUGACAACACGACCUGGGCCAGCGUCACCCCUCAGGAGCUGUGGAAAAACAUCUGCUCCGAGUCCAAAGCCUACUUUGACUUUAGUCUGGAAUGUGAAAAUGUGGACCAGGCUGUGGAGACGUACAGCCUCCAGAAGAUGAGCCUUCUCCGAGAAAUCUGUAUCAAAGUUGGCAUCCAGGUCCUGCUCAAAGAGUACAACUUUGAUAACAGACAUAAACCCACCUUCACUGAAGAGGACAUUUUGAAUAUUUUCCCUGUGGUGAAACAUGUUAAUCCCAAAGCAUCUGAUGCUUUUCAUUUCUUCCAAAGUGGACAAGCUAAAGUGCAGCAGGGUUUCCUAAAAGAAGGGUGUGAACUUAUUAACGAAGCCUUAAAUUUGUUUAAUAACGUGUAUGGCGCUAUGCACGUAGAGAUCUGUGCGUGCCUACGUCUACUUGCCCGUCUCAACUACAUUAUGAAUGACUACUCAGAGGCCUUAAGCAAUCAGCAGAAAGCAGUACUGAUGAGUGAGAGAAUUCUGGGUAUUGAGCACCCCAGCACCAUCCAGGAAUAUAUGCAUCUAGCUUUGUACUGCUUUGCAAAUAAUCAGCUCUCCAUAGCAUUGAAUCUGCUGUACCGAGCACGUUAUCUCAUGCUACUUGUGUUCGGAGAAGGUCACCCUGAGAUGGCGCUCUUAGAUAGCAACAUUGGCCUGGUGCUUUAUGGAGUAAUGGAGUACGACCUGUCUCUCCGCUUCCUGGAGAACGCACUUAACGUCAACUCCAAAUACCAUGGAGCCAAGUCUCUCAAGGUCGCACUCAGUCACCAUCUUGUAGCUCGUGUACACGAAACUAAAGGGGAGUUUCGCUCGGCUUUACAACACGAGAAGGAAGGAUACACAAUAUACAAGAACCAGCUGGGGGAACAACACGAAAAGACCAAAGAAAGUUCCGAGUAUUUGAAGUACCUCACCCAGCAGGCUGUAGCCUUACAGCGCACAAUGAAUGAGAUCUACAAGAAUGGACCCAGUGCCAAUAUAAUGCCUUUGAAGUUCACCGCUCCCAGCAUGGCCAGUGUCCUGGAACAACUGAAUAUCAUUAAUGGAAUCUUGUUCAUCCCUCUCAGUCAAAUAGACCUGGAGAAUCUGAAAGUGGAGGUCCAGCGUCGUCAACAGCUACAAGAGGCCAUUAAAGAAGCCAACAAUCAGGAGGCUGAAAACAAAGAAACUGAAACAUCAGAAGCCACCGGGACAAGUGUGGCCACAAGUGACCCUGUAGAGACGCAUACCUUUGCUUAGCUCUGUCUUCUCUUCCUUCUCAGACGCCACUUUCAAAACUGUUACCCCUACACAGGGUUUCCACCGAGAUCUAUAGGUUAAAUAGCGCGUCUUGGCAAUAUUGUUGCACAGGUAUAAAUGCCGAUAAUUCACAAUGCAAGGAGCUAAUCUAUAAACCAUCAAUGAGUUUGUGUCUGCUGCACUCAGACCCCUCUGUACCUAAGCACCUGUGCACCCACGAGAAUAAGGGGCUUCAACUAGCCCCAUCCUGGGACUUCAGUGUAGGCAAGUUGGGUGUGUGUCCAUGCAAAAUCCAUUUCUGCAUUUUGUGUUUGUACCUUAUAGGUAAUCGCUCUGCUUAAAGGUGACUGAAUAUUUCUCAGGUCAGUUAGUAAUGUGGACUGGGAUUUCUUUCACAGGAAAGGGCCCAUCAAAGAAAUUCAAAGCCAGAUCUAAAUUCCUAGCCACAAGGCUGUGGUCUGAGCCAAUAGAUACCGCUUGUGGCCCCAGAAUUAAGCCAUACACUAAAUGGGAAAUGAUCCCCAUAUCAUUAUUCCAUAGCACAUUAGGUUGAAACAGACAUGGAUGAUGCACUCUUUGGGAUUUUUUUUCAUUCUGCAUGUUGGAGGACAUUGGUUAAACCAUUUGCUUUUCAGCUUGAUUUUAUAUAAUUUUUUUUUUAAUGGUGAUUCUAUGGCACGUGUGAUUAGGUAUGCCUGUGUUAUUCAUGUUCACAGAUUAUCCAAGGACAAUAAGAAGCCUCUUGUCCAUGCUUAUAUCACUCCCAAAAUUAGUGCCUAAAGGUAUAAACUGUGGUGAAACAGCAUUUCUCCACAGAACCCUUGAUGAAUGCUGAGGCUCAGUCUUGAGGAACACCUUGAGUCCUUAGUUUUCUUCAUCCAUUUGUAGACAUAUCAUUACUUCACUGUUUAUUUUGAGACAUUUGUCUUCAAACUUUUUAGAGCCUCCUGAUUUAUUUAUUUUUGUGGGGGAUUUUUUUUUUCUUCAAAAGCAAGUGGUUCAUUUGAUGAUCUAAUGUAUAAUAGGCCUCAAAUCGUUGGUCAAAUAUUCUUUUGCCAUUCAUUACAAAUGAUGUAAGUUUUGGGAUGUUGGUUGCUUAUUCUUCUUUGUCAUUAGGCAGCAUUCGAUUGUAAAGAACAUUUUUCACUCUCAUCUGCCUUAAAUCCCAUAAUUCGGCAGUGGUCUCUUUGCACUCUGUGUACAGGUAAUGUAAGGUCAUUGGCCUCUCCGUCCAUUUGAGGAAAAGUUGUAUGGAAAGGUGGGCUAAUUGCUUGUCUAAAGUGCAUUAGGUCAGAUUCAUGCAUUACAGUCACCACAUGCAUUUUUCAUUAUGGAAAACUGGGAACAGAUCCCAAAAAGAGACGUUUUAAAGAUAAGCUUUCCACCUAACUUUUUGGCAUCCAUUGUCAGUUCGCACAACUGCUUGCUUUGCAUUUGGCGAUAAAGUGUAACAGUGAGUUUUAUGCAGGUCAGGACUAUCACACUUUUUAGUAAGGUCGUUGUUGCUAAAGCCUCCUAAACUUGUGGUUUUUACCACUUUGCUCUGUAUCUUUAAAACCCCAUCGCGCCGAGCAUCAUGAGAGCAGAAGUCCUUCUCAACAUGAGAAUUCCCAUCUUGUAAUCUGAUUGGACAGCCUCACACUUUUAAUGAAAGUAUUGAAAUGUAAUUUUUUUUAUUUAGAUUUGUUUUCUGCUGUUUUUCUGUCUACUACGUUGUGUUGAAUGUUUGCUUGUAUGAGUUCUUGCCAUUAUAUACUAGAAAGUUAUUUUUGUUGUCGUCUGUUUCCUUAAUUUUAUAUAGGUUUUUUGAGGGGGAUCCUGUACCUUACAUUAGCUUUUGACCUCCUUGUCCUGCAUAUACAAAUGACGGUAAAGCUUCAAUCCAGUGUAUUGGGGGGGGGGGGGGGGGGACUGAGAGCUCCCGUGGCUAAGCUGGCACAUAUGAUAGGUUGCAAGAUUUCUGGGAAGGCGCCCAGUUUAGCAUAUCCAGUGACUACUGCUCACCUCCAAUCUCUGAUUUGUAAUUGUCUAAAUGCUGCUCUGUACUGUUUCAUGGUAAGUGUAUUUUUGGGAAAUAACCUUCACUCUCAGACAGCAGACGCACUGUUGUCCUUAGUCCUAAAUGGCAUAUUCCUAAAAUUUGAGAAUUUUAGCCUUUAAUAAAUUGAUCUUAAUGCAUA